AUGGCUACCGUGCGGGUGGCCCUCAGGGUGCGACCACUCAGCCCAAGGGAGUGUGCGGACGGGGGACGGAUAAUUAUAGAAGUUGAUGGCAACGUGGCCAAAGUCAGGAAAUGGAAGGCGAACUGUGGGGCAAGAGCCUCCAGGGACUCCAAGGAAAAAAUCAUGGCAUUUGGCUUUGAUUACUGCUAUUGGUCUGUGAACCCCGAGGAUCCCCACUAUGCAUCUCAGGAAAUGGUGUUUCAGGACCUGGGGACUGCAGUGUUGGCUGGGGCCGCCCAAGGCUACAACAUCUGCCUCUUUGCCUAUGGACAGACAGGCUCGGGAAAGACCUACACCAUGAUGGGCACCCCUGCUUCAGUGGGGCUGACUCCAAGGAUCUGUGAGGGCCUCUUCCUGAGGGGCAGUCAUUCCCUGGAAAAGCCCCCACCCUAUAGGAUCAGAGUGAGUUUCCUAGAAAUCUACAACGAGCGAGUAAGAGACCUACUGAAGCAGUCAGACCAGAAGAAGCCCUUCACCCUACGGGUCAGGGAGCACCCAGAGACAGGUCCUUAUGUACAAGGAUUAUCUCAGCAUGUAGUGACCAGCUAUGAGCAAGUUGUGAGACUCCUGGAAGAGGGAAUAGCAAACAGAAUCAUGGCGGCCACGCAUAUCCACGAGGCCAGUAGCAGAUCUCACGCCAUCUUCACAAUACACUACACCCAGGCCCUCCCAGAGUGCAACACCCCCUCCGAGAUUGCCAGCAAGAUCAGCCUCGUGGACCUGGCAGGCAGUGAAAGAGCCAGCCCCAGCUCCCAUAAACCUCAACUCAUCGAGGGCGCCAGCAUCAACAAAUCUCUGAUGACUCUGGGUAUCGUCAUCUCCACCCUCGCGCAGAACUCCCAGAGCUCAGCCAGGACGGGAGAGCCUAACAAGAGCACCACCUCUUCGCCAGGGGCCGGCCAAGUUAGGGGUUCGACCCAGAGGCAACCAUACAUCCCCUACCGGGAUUCAGUACUGACCUGGCUGCUGAGGGACAGCCUUGGGGGCAACUCCCAAACCAUCAUGGUUGCCACUGUGUCUCCUGCUCAUUCCUGUUACCGAGAGACCAUAAGCACCUUGAGAUACGCAUCCAGUGCCAAGAACAUCAUUAACCAGCCCCAGGUGAAUGAGGAUGCAAAUGUGAAACUGAUCAGAGAGCUGCGCAAGGAGAUCCACUGCCUGAAGACAAUGCUGUUGAGUUUGGAAAUGAAGAACUUCAGUCCCCUGAGCAAUGGCAGGAACAGAAGCAUGGCUGCGCUGGUUCUCCAGAAUGAGUUACAAACAGGUCACCUGACCCAAGACUGGGCUGAGAAGUGGAGUUCUUGGGACAUGCUCCUGAAGCAGUACAAAUUGGAUGGGAUCAUGGAAAAGGCGGGGGAAGCCACGGACUCCAGCCUGCCCCACCUGCUAGCCUUGGAUAGUGACGUGCUCAGCCCAGGAGUCGUGCUCUAUCGCCUUAGGGAAGGGACCACAAGGAUCGGGCGGAUUGACUCAGACCUGGAACCGGAUAUUGUCUUGCAGGGAGAGUGGAUCGAGAGAAACCACUGUACCAUCCGCAGUGUCUGCGGUGUGGUAACGCUGCAGCCUUCUCAGGGAGCCCGCUGUGCCAUCAAUGGCAAGGAAGUCAUUGCCGCCUGCCGACUGUCACAAGGUGACAUUAUAAAACUGGGAAAAGCCCAAAAGUUCCGGUUCAAUCACCCAGCAGAAGCGGCCGUCCUGCGACAAAGAAGAUUGGUGGGAGAGAUUUCCCCUUGGAGUGGCAAUGGCUCUCUGGACUGGCUCGAUGUGGAUGGUGAGGUCACCUGGCCAGGGAUCUCUGAGCUGCGAAAGGAAAGGAUAAGGUCAGACGCUGAGCCUGGAGAGCCCCAGCAGAAGUUCCAGGAACAAGAAGUUGUAUUCCAGGAACAGAUUCGGCAGCAACUUUUGAUGAAGGAUUUGAGACGACAGAGACCAACUCGGGUGGGCCGAACCAAACGGGAACUGGAAUUGGACCGGACUCUCAUCGGCGAGCAGAUUAAGGAUAACCAGCAGUGGUUGAACAGAGAGCAGGCUUGGCUGACAGCCCUGCAGCUGCGAUGGCCCAAGGACACUGAGGCCCAGACCGAGCCAGCGGCUGGCAAGGAAACAGAAAACCAGGUCAGUUGGGAGCCCCAAGCCCGUUCUUUCCCUGCACUCCGGGACCAGAAGAAUCUGGUGCUGCCGCCGUUUCCGCGGAGGCGUGCCUCGAGGUCGGCCGACCACGGCAUCCGGUGCAGGAGAGUGAAAUUCCAGCUGGCGAAGAUUGUCAGGAAGCAGAAGCGGCUGGAGGCCCAGAGGAGGCUGAAAUGGUUGGAUGCCCUGUGCUGGUUCAGGAAAAAGGACACCAGGCUAUUCCUCGAGCUGGACUCCAGCACGGGUGCGGUGAUCGCUGGGCCUCAGAGGAGAAGCGUUGGCCCCAGGACUGGCUCCCAGCAUUGCAACAGACACUGCAGCUGGCCCCUGUCCCCCACUUUCAGGAUUCUCUUAGAGCAAGAAAGCGCCUCCUCCCCAGGCCCAGGCUGUGGCCUCUCCUGGAUAUCCUGGUCAAAGAAACCACCGUCUCCCCGGCCAUGGCCCACCAACUCCUAUCAGGAAAAUGACCUUUGCUCCCAAGAGCAGGGGUUGUUCACACCAGAACACAAGACUGCUGUCAGAGAGGACUCACCCACCCAAGGCGCCCAACUCAUCCUGAGCUCUGGGGUUACCCUAGGCCCUUUCGGAGAGGCCCAGGGGCUGGGCAGAAGAGAUAAGGAUAAACGGUCUGGCCAGAUGUUGCCCCAAAACCUGCCCUCUAUAAGCUGUUCAGCAGAAGAGCUAAAGUGGAGAGCGGAGCCCAACGAUUUCACCCCCAGCUCCCGAGCAGGCAGGGCUUCAGGAGUCUCUGGGCCUCUGGAACGGAGAUGGUGGGGUGAACGAGACCCCCAGAGAGAAGACACCUUCCUGAGCGGAAAGGCCCUACGGGGUCCCUUGGGAGCCUGGCCCCCAAUGGAGCCCCGAGGCCAGGGAGCCAGCCCCUGGCAUGAGACUUCCAAGUCACUGUCGCUUCCAAACAUGGUGACCGUCAUGCAGCCAGAGAAUCCCGACAGCCUCCACUCCAGCCCACCUCACAAGGCAGUGCUCCACAGAUUGGCCUGGAGACAGCCCAGAACAGGAGAUUUAGAGCUCAGGGACAGGGGAGCAGGCAGCCAAACAGCGGGAGUGGAGGCAGAAGAUGCAGACCCCUGGUUUGGAGACAGUGGGGAUGUUGUCUCCUCUGACCCGGGCAGCUCCUCCUUAGGAGACUCCCUUUUGAGCACACAAGCCUGGGUGGAGAGAGAGUGGCCAAAUCAGGAGGGCUCCUCUGAACAGCGGGUGCUUCCCGAGCUGGAGAAUUCAGAAACUGAGGAUGGUCAGCUCUCCCAGGACUCGCUGGCCGACGAGGAGCUCUGGAAGCCCACUCUCUCGAGCGGCAAACGAAGUGAAGGCAGGGCCGAGGCCUCCCCGCCAGCCUCCGAGAGGGAGUUGUCCCAAUUAGAGAGAAGUUUCUCCUUAGAUAGCUUGACUGAUGCAGAAGGGAUGACAGCGGAGGAGCCUGGUUCUCCAUUUCCCAAGGAGGUGCCUGCAGAGAUAUUCUGGCACCGACAGAGGCCCCAGCUGCCCAUGUUAUGCCAGGAGGAGAUGGCCAGGCCUAGGGCCUGGGGCAGAGAGACAAGAGCCAAGGGGGCUCUGUGCCUCGGGAUGAGCCAUUCAUUUUACCUGGACCCAUCAUCCCAGCCCCUGGGCCAGAAGCGUCAGAUAGAGAUGCCUGAGUUCUUCAGUCCCAUCGCAGAGGGAGUCAGCACAGAUUCUUGGGGCUCCCGGAGUAAUCUCGGUGGCCCCCAGGAAACAUCAGGCUCGUUUCAGGCAGGUCACGGUGCCCAGGGAGCCCACCUGGAUGAGAGGGAGGUCGUCAGCAGCUGGAAGAAGCUGAGUGAACUAAAGAAACGGCCUGGCUGCCAACGACUCUUAGAAGCCCCCCAGCUGCCUCAGGGGAGAAGGAGAGAGGGGGAGGGACUCCCUCUCUCCCAGGGAUCCAAGGGGCUUUCCCAGGCCACUUGGGGGCACAGCGCAGCCGGACAAGGGUCAAAACUGACGGAGAAACCAGGGAAUACCCCCAGUAUCAAUGGCUGCAGAUAUCCCUGCAGUUCUGCCGGGAUUCGCCUGGCCACUGCUCCUGCUUCCUCGAUUUCUCCUAGCAGUGGCUGCUGGGAAAGAGUCUGGCCGGAUGCCCGGGCCGUACACCUUUUCCAUCUAUCUCCCUCGGCUCCUGGGGCCCUGGCAGAAAGCAGCCCCAACUUCUGCUGCCCCAAAAGAGACCCCCCUGGUGUUCCUCCAGCUUUACCUGAAGCAACCGGUGACCCCAAUUUCAACGACUUUUUCCAUCUGUUCCCUGAAAGGCAGCUGAAAGCUGAGCAUGAACAAGAUGGGGUGGGCCCUGGAUCCAGAGAUGAGGUUUCUGUUUUCUGGGGAAUGACGCAGGAGGACUGCCUUCAAGACUGCCUUCCUACAGCCUUGGAGACAAGACAUCCUGACCUGGGGGAGCCGCCAGUGUCUUCAGCAGAAAACGGGGUUCCAGGUUCCAUCCAAGAAGCCUCUGAUGAGGGGCAGGGCCUCUUGGAAGGAGGAGCUCAGCUCUGCAGGAGCGCAGGGGUGAUAGCCGCCCGCAAGGCGGGGGUCUUCCUGAGGGCCAAGGAAGGCUCCCAGCCGGUGGCCUGGGCUCAGCAAGGGGAGAAUUCCACAGGCGAGUUGGUUCUUCUGUGCUCUGGUGGCUCCCUUUCCCAUCCGUUGGAGAAGAUGUAUUCCCAGCAGGUCUCAGCAGACGAGAUAGACAGGGUCGAGAGAGAAGUCUGCGUGAAGGACUCUGAGCUUUUUCUUCAUCACCCCUAUUGGAGUCAGCCUCUGCCUCCUUCAGUGGUAUCCUAUGCAAGUCAAGCUGCCCUGAUGGAGUCAGCUUUAGAGGUCCCUGACCGUAGAGAGCCAGAGGGCAGGACUUCAGGUGAAAUGGCCCAAGACUCAAAGCGGGACCAUCCAUUUCUAGGAAAAUUCGAUUGGAAGAAUGACACAGCAGCAUUUUUACAAGCAGAAUGUUCUGAGGCUUCCUCGUCCUUGCCAGGUAGCCCAUCUAGCAUGGCUGUCCAACAGGGGCCAGGUAAAGCCUGGAAAAGCCAUGGAAAUACAGGGGAAUACAACCAUUCUGUAUCUUUUUCCAUGGCCCGGGAGCGGCCGUUUCCUCAGGACACUAGCGUGGAAUUAGAUGACUCAACUGUCAACUUGAAUCAGAACUCCACCCAUCCGAGACCUGGGCACCAAGAGGAGCCAGCUGCCCAGGUCCUCUGGCCGUCUGCUGCUUCCAAGUCGGAGAAAAUGAACUGUCCUCUAGCGGCUGCAGCCAGCGGUGGGCAGCGACCACCCUUGAACAUGGUAGGCUUAGGUCAUGUAUCCGAUGACCCAGGACCACAGGCAGGAGUCCUUUCCGGGGAAAUACUGAAUUCUGGAAACAGUCUUGGCUUCCACUGUAGAACAGGGGGCCUACACGACACAAGCCAUGGUGAUGAGGGCCUGAAAGAUGGCAGGGUUCCUCUAGAGUCCAGGCUAGCCACCUGGAGCCAGAAUCAUCUGGUUCCAUCGGUCACGGAGACCCCAUCCUCUCCGAGGGCUCUGAGCUCUAACGAUGACUCUGUGGAACUUGGGUUCCCAGCAGGGCUUCCCACACCUGCGAGAGAUGACUUGGGGAAAGUUCAGGAGAGUAGAAAAGGGAUAGAAGGAGAAGAUGUCCCCAGAGAGAGUCUGCUCACCUCUCUGAGUGAAAGAAUAAAUCAUGACGAAAUGGCAAAACUGAGGAGCAGCUUGCUGCAGCUGGAGAAUGGCAUUUGGGAAAUCAGAUCAGUCCAAAGAGGCCUGCGUUUGGCUUCUCCAUCUCCUGGGGGUCCGGCAGAGGCUGGGGGUGGGGCUGGAGUGGAUCUGGGAAUGACUCAUCUCUUUCUGAAACCAGAAGACUUCAGGGGUGACCUGUCCCGCGGAGAUCAGUCCGUCUUUGCCAAGAAGGCUCAGAAGGAGGGUGUCCCACGAAGCGGCGGCUCAGCCACGGCUGUUACAGAGACCAACGGUUGCAGCUGCCAAGAUCAGUCGGAAACCAACAACUGCAGCCAGGAAGAGCCAGAUCCUGGCAGCGGGAGCCCCGAAGAUGAGCUGCAGAAGGAUGGCAGCAGCCCCGGAGGUCAGCCUGAGACUGAAAACUGCAUCCAGGAAGAGCCAGAGACCAACACCUGUAACCACAAAGAUGAAGAGAAUCAGAGCUGCGGAUGUGAAGAUCAGCAGACCCAGAAAUCACCCCAACUUGCUCCCAACCCAAGUGAACACCCAGAACAGAAUCAAUUUGAGAGUGAGCUCAUCCACCCAGCAGAGUCCCCUGUGGUCACUCAGGAUGGUUUGGGAUCUGGGGGAACCAACGAAAGGCCCUGUCUUUCCCAGAGAGUUUCCCAAAACCCAGUGACCCCAGCAGGGUGCAACUCCAGGCUGGAGGAAUCUUCGGAAAACCGUGACGGGAGACAGACAGCGGCCCGGUUUGCCAAGGUCAGGAUCUUGGAGGCGGGAGACCCCUUGGAGAUGGAGGACAAAAUGGGAUCUCAGGGAAGUCAGUUUCCUAGAAAGUUAAUCGACUCUGAAGGAGCCAUAGGUAUGCUGUGGGCACAAGGCAGCCAAGAUGACGGAUGGGGCCAUCUGAAGAGCAUGAGAUUGCAGGUGAAAGAUAAAUGUGCUCCUUUCCCCGGAGAGCCUCCCGGUUCAGGUCAGGCCAGCGGACCGGGCCGACCAAAGUAUCAGGACUCAGCACUGCAGGCCCAGAAAGGGAGGGUUGCCCCCGCUAGAUGUGGAGACUCGGACUCCCCAGAAGUAAGUUUCCUCAAAACACCCGGGCCCUCGGGUGCUGUAGCCCGGGACCCAGAUCUGGUCUCAGGCAGUGAACUUCGGGGAAUGGGAGAAGGAAGCACCAGAACUCAGAACCCUCCUGGGCCUCCUGCAAGGGGCUCUGCAGAAGCCCUUCAGGCAGUGGAGGGGUCUACCAGGCUGCCCUUUGGUACUGCAGCACAGGGGCAGGCUGAGAAGAGCCACCUGGCAGUAGAGAACAAGGAAAUCAGAACCUUCUCUGGCCAUGACCAUGGUGGUGGCAGGGAGGCAACAGAGAAGAACCGGAAUCCAUCAGGUGGAGUCACGUGUGAGGCUGAUAGUGAAGCAGUUGUCGGAAACACAGAAAAAAGAAAUCCAAUCAGCAGGCCACCAGGGACCAAAGCCCACCCAGCCCCAGAGCUCAAGGCCCUCUCACUCCAGGGGGGCCGAAAGAAGAAGCAGAGGGAAGCCGAGGCUCCUUUCCCACCCCCUUGUCCAUUGCUCACGUGUUUUGAGCUGCCUGAGGUUUCCCCUGAGCCCCUGGGGCCAGCGCCGGGUGGGAAGCCGAGCUCAUGGAAGUCCCAAGCAGGUGCCAGGCUCUUCGAGGGCCUGGGGAAUCAAUCCAAUGAACACCUGGCCCAGGGCGUCGCCAGGCCUCGCUCUGAAACUGGGUUGGAGUCAGGGAGUGCGGCAGGCUCCCAGGGUUUACUCUACUGCUGCAGGCAAAGCUGUGACCAGGCAGCUAUUCUUCAGGGACAGAGCGAGCCGCAGAAGGCAUCUGAGUGGCCCAGAGCCACAGCAGACUCUGUCCGAGACCUGACCGGGCCCAGGUGGCGGUUUCACAGAAUCCAAGGAGGGGCUGGAGGCUUCCCAUUGGAGUCUGAGGCUCUAUUGAACCAAUCUGCUCAUCCUGCUUCCUCCAACCCUGGCAGGCAGAGAGAGCCAGGCCAGGGUUGGGGAGGACCAGAUGGAGGCUUUGAGACUGGGGAGAAACUAAAACGGUCUUUUGACCCAUCUGGAUCGGUGAGCGUGGAGCAGGAGGCCGCUGGACACUUGCGCAGUCCUCCCGCUUCGGAGAAGGAACUGGCGUCCUCAGCUUCUGGGGAAGGCCGGAGAGAGCAACAGGGCACAGAGCAGCUGCUGCCUGGACGCCAGUCCCUGGAUCUUUCCUCCAGCCUCAAUGUGGCCCAGCAGGGAGAAACUGCUGCCGCCAUUGUGGAACUCCAGUGGGAGGGCAGCAGGCUCGGAGGUCAGAGACCCCAUGUUGCCAAAACUGCACCAGAACAGAGCUGGGGCCCAGUAGGGUCUCCUCAUCUUGGAGGUCCUUUACGGACAGUGGCCUCGCUGCCUGCCCCCGCAGCUGCCCGGUCCCACCAUCCCACCGCUGGAAAACCAGUCUCUCAGGCGGCCAAAAUGGUUUGUCUGGCAAAAACUGAGCCCUCUGAGCGCGGGUGGGCGCCCUCCCCCGACCAGGCCUCUGCAGCCCUGGCGGGGUCCAUCCCGAGUAGCUCCCUCAGGACAGACACAUUGCCGGAAUCAGGAGGAAGCAUUCAGUCCAGGCAGAUGGAGGCAUGGGUAAAAUGGCCUAGGCCCAUUCCCAGCCCCGCAAGGGACAGUGUCUCUGUUGGAGGCACAGAGGAAGGUCCAGAAUGCAGGAGGUUUCAGAAUCAGGGAGGCUGCAGAGCUGUGAACACACUUGAAGCUGAGGAGGAAAGUAGUGCUUCCAGGCAAUUAUCUAAACCUCGGUCUGACGCCCCUUGGACGGAACCUUUACGGUUUCCUCUGGGAGUUGGGAACCGGCACAUAGAACCUCCAGCAGCUGUCCCAGGAGCAGUCUCCCCACUGCCUGAAGCCCCAGGGACCCAACGCCUGCUGGCCCACAGUCCCCCCGGAGGCCCACUCCUGCCUGUGGCAGGCUUCCUGGCCACGCAGAUGGAAUUGCUUGCCGAGGGCAGCAAGGCGAGGGAACUUCUCACUGUGGUUUCUCCUGGCCUUGACGGGGGCAACACUCUGAAGGCGGCCCCGGGAACCAGCCCCAGGAGCAGAAAGGACUCCGAUAAAGAGGAAAGAUAUCCCAGCAACUCCCCUCCAGGGAUCAGCCCUGGCCCGUGGGAGCAAGGGAAACUCACCAGCUGCUGCUGUGCUGAGCUUCCUGGGGAAACAGGGCAUCAAACUAUUCCCCAGGGAUGGGGCCCCAGAGACACCACUAGCAAUAAGGAAAAGGAAUUGGUGUUGGGAGACUCGGAUGCUGCCACGUUAGAAGCAGCCAGUCCCAGCCCAGGUGCUGGCAAGCAGGAGCCCCGAACAGCUUCUUCCAGGAACGCAGGAACCAGCUACUGGCCCCCACUCCACGGAGCCACACUCCUCCCUAGUUUGGAGGCCUGGGAGGGUCACAGGGCCUCGACUCCAGGAGCCCGAGCGAGAGGGGACUCCCCGGGCAGGAACCGGAGUCGGGUUGGAAGUUCCCGGAAGCAGAAACUGAGCCGAUUGCCCCGGCCCCACUGGCAGCAAAAUCUCUCUCAGGCUGGGGCGGCUGGAGGGGCCCACCCCUCCAGGGUCAGAGGUGCCGGAAUAUCCAAGAGGAAAAGGCCAAAGCUUGAAUUAAAGAGGCGCAACCGCUCAUCCUUUGGAUCCCAGUCAGCAAGCGGUUGCUGGGUUCCCCACCGGGCCCCGGUCAUCCUGCUCUGGGCUGCAGACAGUCUGGGAGGCCCCGGGGGACGGGAGCAGAGGGUCCAUGGCCCCCAAGGUCACUCCAGCCCUAAGCCUGCACGAGGGGUCUCAAGCAAGCCCGGACUUUCCACAAAGGCCUCCUCCGGGUCUUUCCAGGAUCUCAGCAGGAGCGUGGAGCCUCCUUCCCCAUCAGCCACUGACCCCUGGGAGCAGGAAACAUUAUGGGCAGUAGGCCCCAAUGACUUCUCCCCAGAAGCAUUCGCAGAUGGCACCCUACAGAAAACAAGGGAGCCCUGGGUUGCUGCUUACGGGGGCCAAACCCCCAGUCGCCAUGUUCUGGAGCCUACCUCAGCCCCCUCCUCUCCUCCCCGGACAAACCAAACACGGCCCUCCCCUGAUGGAGGAGCAGGAAGGGCAUUGGACCGUCCUGGCCCCCCGGCCUGCUGUGAGGGAGGGGUAGCGGCCCAUUCUGGGGGAAAGAGGAACUCACCGCACUUGGGCGGGAGUGACGAUAAUCCUUGCCUGUGCCACUGGCAGCCGGGUGGGGCCGGGAGAGCCGGCCGGAAGCAGGGUGGGUUUGGCAGUGUUGGCGUUAUCACUGGAGCCCAGAUGCCCGGUGGUUUGGAGCCCCGGAGAUUGACCCGGCGGUCCAGUGUUGCAGCUUUGUUCCACUCACACCUGAACACCAAUGCUGGUGCCUGGAGGCUUUCCGGGACCCUCGGCAGCUUUGAGGGCCUCCAGGGUGAGGGGGAGGCCAGAGGCCCCCUGCAAGGGGAGCAGGCCACGAGCAGCCCCGAUGCCCCUUCCAGAGAAGCAGCCGAGGCAGCCGCCAGGGCUUCAACCAAAGAGCCCCAGCAGGUGCAGCUCGGCAUCUUGCAGUCGUCCUCGGGGAGGGCCGGGAUAGCCACCUGCGAGCGGAGUACUCAAACACCGCCUCCGGGCCAGAAUCGGGGACGACACAGACGCUGCUGGAAUGGCCCCGCUGCGCCUGCCCAGAGGCCAGGGGCAGGCCCUGUCUCCUUCCAUGACCAGGCCACAAUGUACAUAAGGACACGGGCGCUGCCUCCGUACCUCCCCUGCGCCUCGCGUGCCAGCUCCGGGCCACUGGGGAACCUCUCUCAGCAGAGCCAGGCAGAGGAGAGCCUGAGUGGAAAUAGAGUGGGGUGGAGCAAAUCUGCCAUGGAUUCCAGCCCCCCAGAUGGGAGGAGGGGCUCAGGGACUGGAGCCCAUUCUCCAGGGCCACCAGACACCACUUUGAGCCUGCCUGAGGAUACAGACCACCAGAUAAAGAGUGAGCGGAGCGCCCCUUCCCUAGACCGGAGACCCAAGAAUCGCUCUCUGGAACAGACCUUGCCCAGUUUCAGCCCCCUACUUUCUUGGGCUACUGGCUCAGAGCCUGGCUCUCAAAUUCACAGGCCUUGGGGUUCAGUGACCAGCCCCGUAGUUAGCCAUCCGGGCUCCUGCAGCCCUCUGCCUCCAGGCCUCUCACCUCGAGAGCAGGGCUCCGGGCCCCAGAAUGCUUGCAGAGAAGGUUCCCUGGUGAACAGGGCCUCAUCCCCGAUCCUGACCCUGCAGGCCACUCAUCACUGGCCUUGGCUGCCAGGGGCCCUGGCCAUCUCUGCUGGAGAUCCUCACCAAGCCCAGGAACGUGGAGGGGACAGUUCUGCACAGGAGGACCUGGACGGCAAAUCGGUGAACCAGAGUGGAGCUGGGGUCAGGACCGGCCGAGAGAAACCGAGUCUGCAGCCCUCGGACUGCUCCAGCCCAGCCAAGACCCCACUCUCCGCUCAGCUGGGCCAACCCCAGGUCUCUUCGGUGCAGCGUGGUCGGGGACGGCUGUUCUACAGUCCCCCGGCUUGUACCCUGGUGGAGGACUCCUGUCAUCCGUUGCCCCCGGAGGGUCAGAGCGGAGUCAUGAGGAGGAGCAGCAGCUGCUGUCUGCUUCCUAUGACCUCAGAGGGCCCUGGGAUCUGCUUAGCCCUGGCGGCCGGCGGGGAAGCCCGACAGUGGUUGAGCCAGCCAGCCAUUCGGGAUGAGGCCCUGGUGUCCUCUCCCCUUCCAGGCAGCUACUGCUCAUGGAGGCCUCUUGCCUCCGCCCAUCCAUCCUCUGGAGCCAGCGACCCCCCUGGGGUGAGAGCCCCCAGCUUUGGUCCCUGCAGUGAUGACAGCCCAGAGAGGACAUCAGGACAGGCCCUUGGGCCACAGUGCUCCAGCUUGAAGUGUCUUCCUGUCCACAACAAAUUCACUGAUUGGUCAGGGGUCUGCAGCAGCUCCUCAGAGGCUCUUUUGCGGGGCACCGAAGCUGAUGGGGAUGGUGGGGGAUCCCCGGAGGGCCCGGAGACUUCCCCGGGGGAACCUAAGAGCCGGAGCCAGGAGACCCCCUGGUUACUGAGGCAGCGGGCCCGGGUUCUGCCUGGCAUCCGGCCGGCUCUGAGCCCCCCGCUGCCAGCACUCAGCGUGGAGCUCGCAGAAGCCAAGCUGCACUACGGUCUCGGGGCGACGGACGCACUGCUGCAAGUGCUGCAGAGCGGCGUGGGGGAAGCCCUGGCCCCCGCCACUCCAACCCCACUGACCCGGGAGGAGCUGUACAGAUGGCACGCAAAGGCUAUCGAGACCCUGCGGAGGGAGCGGACCGAGCGAUUGCGGCGGCCCGGAGCCCAGACCCUCAGCCCCCAGAAGCACCUGAGCCUUCAGCCUGCCCACGGGAUGGUCCGAGAUGCCGAGCUACCCAGCCACCGGCGGGAUUACCUGCAGCAACUGAGAAAGGACGUGGUGGCCACCACCAGGUUCCAGGAGACCCAGCCAAGCUCCGUCACCUGCCCGUCUGAGAUGAAGCCACUGCUGCAGGAUUACCACCGGGCCUGGCGGAAGGCCAAGGUGGAAAUUGCCCAGGCCCGGGCCAGGCUGCAGGCCCGAGCCGAGCAGGAGAAGAGGCGUCUCCGCCGGCAGAUUUUCUCACAACUGCAGAGGGAGGAGGCCAAGCAGUAUAUCCUGGUCAGUUCCAGCUCCCCGCACAGUGGCUCCAUCCCCACCCUCUCUUCCAGCCCCGACAGCAGCAGCGCGGCCUGGUCCGGCCCUCGCCCCCCACCAGAAAGCCAGCCCUGGGAACCCCUCUCGGGACUGCACGGGGAUCUGGAUAUCACGAGGGACUGCCCGGAGGGGAGGCAGAGCCACCGCCAUGGGCCUAGGCCUGCUGGGGCACCCCGGCCUCGGAGCCAAGUCUCAGUCCUGCCCCCCAGCUGCUGGACUUCCCUCCCUGGGCAGUCCAGCCCCAGUCCCCUCUACCAGGAACUGACCCGACACAUCUUGGCCAGCGUGAUGGCAGAAGUGAUGGCUUCCUGCUCAAACCACCUCCCCAACCUCUUCAGCGGCCGGGUCGCGGCAAGCUGGGGGUAUCAGUGUGAGGAGCAGGAGAUGCUGCUUUACUACAAGGCGUUCCCUUCCUCCACCCAGCACAGCUUCUUGGGUCCCUGUGUGUGGACAGCAGUGAGAGACCCCACCCUGCAGCCCCUCUACGACAAGGCCAUCCAGCUCCACCACAGAGUGACCAGCUCCAUCUGGUUGGGUGAGCCCAGGGGCGAUGGGGUGGGAAGUGAGGGGAGCCUGGAAUCCGGGCCAGUGUCCUCUUCUCCUUCCCCUGCAGGGUACUUGAUGAGCAGCACGUCCCGAUGCUCCCGGAAGCGGCCCCAGGACUUCUGCUGCAUCAGUGUGGAGGCCAGAGAGGUAACCCCAUCUGGCUCAGUCUAUGACCCCUCGCUGCCUCGGCCCCGCCGAGACCAGGUACAGGGAGAGAUUCUACCCAGCGCUUGGCUCCCGCAGCCCAAUACUGUGGACGGAACGGACGUCACCAGAGUCUUUCUCUUGACCCAGGUGGAACUGGGUGCCCCAGGCCUUCCCACCCAGCUGCGGGGCUCCUUUGCCAAGUGCCAGCUACUCGUGAUAGCCAGUCUGGGUGCCUUUCUCCUAGGCUAG